CCGAAGGCCGCGGCCUCCCAGCUCCCGCCGCUCAGGCCCUGGGCCGGGGUCCGACUACGUUACCCGGGCAAGCGGCCCACUGGCCCCCAACUGGUUGCCUACCGACCCGGAAAGGCCAUCUGCUGCGAAGUUGGGUGCUGCCGGGAGGCGAGGGCCACGCGCGAGGUCCCUGAGGGGGAGGGAUACCGGAUGGGAGUUCGGGCCGGCGGCCAGCCGGGUCGAGGCACACAGGACGCGGAGCUCUCCGUUCCUUUGCGAGGAAACUCCGUCCCGGGCCACAGCCUCGCGCCCGGCUCACCAGCAACAGGCGCAAAGUUCAUCAAAGACCCGCCCGUCGGCCCCCUCCCCCUCGCGUCCUUCCUUUCUGCCGGCGACGGGGGCGGAGCCACGCGGUUGCCGUGGCGACGCGCAGUGUUUGUGCUCGGAGCAAUCCCCAGCGCCGCCAUGGCUAGCCAGCAGCAGUGCCGGCCAAGGCCGACCCCAUGUGGCUCGAAGUCACCGCCAGAGCAGCCGCUGCAGGUGAAGGUGGUGGGGCUCUUCAAAAGCUCCAGCUUUCACAUCGCGAAGAGCGCUGCCGAGAGUCUAAAGAGUAAUUACCCAUCCAAAUUUGAAGAUCCUAUAAUAGUUCCUCUUCAAGAACUUGCAUGGGAUCGAUAUCUACAGGAGAAAAAACAGGAACUCAAGAAUGAGAUCUGGGAAUAUUCUUCCUACGUGAUGUGUUUCGUUAACAAUCAAUUCCUGGGUGAUGCAUUUGAUUUUCAGAAAUGGGCUCAAAAGAUGUGGGAUAUAGUUGAUUUUAAGACCCCUGAACUGUAUGAGGCACUUACUGUGGAUUAUUCUGCUAAAUUCUUAAGAGAUACCAAGCAUGAUUUUGUGUUCUUGGACAUUUCUAUUGAUUUGCAUCCAAUUGGAAGGUUGAUUUUUGAGCUAUACUGUGAUGCAUGUCCCAAAACAUGUAGAAACUUUCAGGUCUUGUGCACAGGAAAAGCAGGGUAUUCUCAACGUGGCAUCAGGCUACAUUACGUGGGUUCAAUUUUUCAUCGAAUAGUACAGAAUGGUUGGAUACAAGGAGGAGAUAUAGUAGCUGGAAAAGGAGAUGAUGGCGAGUCGAUUUAUGGGCCAACAUUUGAAGAUGAAAACUUUUCAAUUCCUCAUGACAAAAGGGGAGUUCUUGGAAUGGUCAACAAAGGUCGUCACAGCAAUGCAUCACAAUUCUACAUCACACUACAACCAACGCCCUAUCUAGAUAGAAAAUAUGUAGCUUUUGGGCAACUGAUUGAAGGAACACAAGUUCUUAAAAAUCUAGAAUUGGUUCCAACAGAGAAUGAAAGACCCAAACAACAAUGUAUGGUUAUUGACAGUGGAGAUCUUUAUGCCUGAUUUUCAUACAGUAUUUUCUGACAACUUAUUAUUAUGCAUCUGAUCAGCUGUUUCUGUAUUUAAACAGUGCCUGAUAAAAUUUAAUUUUAAAGCUGUGCAGACUGCUGUAGGUCAGACCACCCAACACCUAACCCUUCUUGCCUCAGCCAUAGGGACUAUAAAAGCAAAACACUUCAUUUCCCAGCCUCCUUUGCAGCCAGUCGUGACCAUGGGAUACCAUCUGGCCAGUGAGACAAGAGUAGAAUGCCAGUGGUCCUGCCCCUCCCCUUCAUCCAGCCGUGAAUGCAAACAGGCUGGAGCUGUGAAGGAAAGGCCAAGAAGACUAGGGAUGUCAGUCCCAACUCUUGAGCUGCAGACCCAAUUCCAGCAAGUACCUAUCUCUGGACUUUUUCCUGUGAGACAAAUAGACCUCCUGCUUGCUUAUGUUA